CCGGUCUACCCGGAAGUGCGUGGCCUUAAAGCAAUGGCGGACCGCAGGGAGAAAUCCGCUCUGGCGUCGUGUUUUUGUGCUUCUUUUCACUGUUGUGUUGUUGUGUUGGUGUUGUCCGCUGUUUGCAUUCUUGGGUUCGAUGUUUCCGGAUCCGAAAGCGACGCGUUUCGAGCCGGAAGUUCCGGUUUAUCAGCGGCGGCGGCGGCGGCGCGAGACGUGCGCUACCUGCUGUACGACGUGAACCCUCCCGAGGGCUUUAACCUGCGGAGGGAUGUGUACAUCCGCAUGGCGUCCCUGCUGAAGACGCUGAGGCAGCGGGGCGACUGGGUGCUGGUUCUGCCCCCGUGGGGUCGUCUGUACCACUGGCAGAGUCCCGACGUGCACCAGGUGCGGAUCCCGUGGGCGGAGUUCUUCAGCAUCUCCAGCCUGCAGGCCAACAUCCCUGUCAUCGAGUACGAAGAGUUCAUCGCAGAGUCGGGCGGACCCUUCAUCGAUCAGGUGCUGGUGCUGCAGAACUACGCAGAAGGCUGGAAAGAGGGAACGUGGGAGGAGAAGGUGGACGAGCGACCCUGCAUCGAUCGUCUCAUGUACAAUAAAGACAAGCAAGGAUACUACAGAGGCUGGUUCUGGGGUUAUGAGGAGACUCGUGCUCUCAGUGUGAGCUGUCUGUCUGCUCAGGGACACGCCUCUGUUCUAGCACCUUACCUCCUGGAGAACGUCACGGCCACCUCAGUGAUGUUAGACAGAGCUGAAACCGUCCUCCAUGAUCAUUACGCAGGAAAAGAUUACUGGAACACUCGGCGCAGUAUGGUGUUCGCCAAACACCUGCGUGUUCUUGGGGACCAAUUUAGAGCAAAAUACCUCAAUUCCACUGAUGAGCAGGACCACACACCCUACAGCGAGGACUGGACACGCAUGAGGGCCAAGUUGGGCAGUGCUAAAGGAGGCCCAUACCUGGGCGUGCACCUGCGCAGGAAAGACUUUAUCUGGGGUCAUCGUGAGGACGUACCAAGUCUGAAGGGGGCCGUGAAGAAAAUCCGCAGCCUCAUGAAGAAACACAAGCUGGAGAAAGUGUUUAUAGCUACUGAUGCUGAUGAUGAAGAGCUGCUCAAGCUGAAGAAGCUGCUGCCUGAGAUGCUGCGGUUCGAGCCGAGCCGAGAGGAGCUGGAGCUGCUGAAGGACGGAGGAGUCGCCAUUAUAGACCAGUGGAUCUGCACACACGCCCGGUACUUCAUCGGGACCUCGGUUUCAACCUUCUCCUUCCGCAUCCAUGAGGAGAGGGAGAUUCUGGGCUUUGACCCUAAAACCACCUACAACCGUUUCUGCGGUGAUGCGGAGAAAGAGUGUGAACAGCCGACACACUGGAAAAUAAUCUACUGAGCUGAUAAAACCCUCUACAGCGCCACGUUGAGCUCCGCGCCAUUACAGGAGCACGAUUACAGACAGGCGAAAGCACGACUGCCUCUACAGACGCUGAGUGUUCAGUGGCUCUCUACUGUACAGUGUUUAGCCAGAAAGUGUUUUAUGAUAUCCGGAAUUAUUGGCACCCUUCAUAGAAAUGAGCACAAAUUAACAACACGUUGUAAUGAGUUAUAUUUCGAGCUCACACACAUGCGCACAGUGCAUACUUUUAUUUACACACAAGAUUUUUUUUUUUUCACUUUUUAGUGCCUGUUUUUCAGUAUUUUCAAAAAUUAUUGGCACCCAGUUGCUCCAAUUUCUGUGCUGAUUUAGAUGCAGUUAUUAUCUUGUUACAAGAUCCAUCUAUGGCCGAAUCAUAACCUCCUGGCAGAGGCAACCAGGUGCUGUUUUGUGCUGAAAAAUCAAAGUAGCAGAAUUCAUGAUGCCAUCAAGAGACAUAAAAUAUCACUUCCUUUUUGAGAGCAAAAAAAAAAAUCAGACUUUUUGACAGAUUUUCUAUCAGAUUUUGACAGAUUGUCCAUUUCGUGUUUUUUCAUUUUCUUCACACAGCGAUGCACGAUGGAAAGAUUUUUGAUUUUUGAGAUAUUUGAGUUUCUGAGACUGAGCGCAAUUUUAAAACGUUUUUUUUUUUGGUGUACAAGGAUGAUCAUUUUGUUACUAAUUUUGCUAUAUAUGUUUCUGAGAGCGAAUACACAGAUACACUCUGUAUAUUUCAUCCCAAAGCAUGGUUGCCUCUGCCAGGAGGUUCUGAAUGCGUCAUAGAUAGAGAUAAUGACUGCAAACAUACAUUAAGUUCAUGGAAAUCCACAUGGAAAUGUCCUGUUUCUCUGGAAACUUUGUGUAUUACUCCUAAUUUCUUUUACUCCCACAUCUACUAUUGUUACUGAAGUAAUAUCUGAGUGGAGAAGUUGAAUUAUUGUGUGUAAUAUAUAUAUAUAUAUAUAUAUAUAUAUAUAUAUAUAUAUAUAUACAGUACUGUGCAAAAGUCUUAGGCACAUGUAAAGAAAUGCUGUAGAGCAAAGAUGCCUUCAAAAAUAAUGAAAUUAAAUGUUUCUACAUUAAAAUAAACACUAUAAAGAGCAGUAAACAGUAAUAAAUGAAACAAAGUCAAUAUUUAAUGUGACCACUCUUUGCUUUAAAAAAUAAAAAUAGUAUUCUCAGUGUGUGCAGUUUUCUAAGGAAAUGAGCUGGAAGUGUUACUGAGCAUCUUGCAGAAGCAGCCACAGUUCUUCUGGAGACUUUGACUGUCGACUCGCUUCUUAUUUCUGCAGCGAAACCCAGCAGCCUUCAUUAUGUUUUUAUCUGCAAAGUGUCUCUUAUGGAAUCUGCUGCUUUCUUUACUGACGUACAAACAUUUUUCUGUAACAUUUCAUUUUGUGCUGGAAAACUAAUGUUUGGAAUCUAAAAUGUUUUUGUACUGAAUCAAUAAUGUAGAAGUCAGAAAAUAAACAUCUAUAACAAAGUUUGUAAUUAAAAAAUAGGGUGCUGAAGACUUUUGCACAGUACUGUAUAUAUAUAUAUAUAUAUAUAUAUAUAUAUAUGUAUGUGUAUAUAUAUAUAUAUAUAUAUAUAUAUAUAUAUAUAUAUAUAUAUAUAUAUAUAUAUACACACACAGUAUGUAUAUUUACCCAUUCUCUUGAUGCGUGCCAGUAAUUCAGGAGUCGCCUGUAUAAUAAUACUCAGACUGAACCCAAAAAACCGUGGCCUUGUUCUUUACUUCUCACGUGUUAAUCAGUCUUGAAAUGCUGCUGCGCUUUAUUUAUGAACUGUCCCACAUGAUGGAGCGAUCAGAACGAGUUUCCCCUCAGUGUCGCUUCUCGAUGACUACAGUGUUUUUAAAUUGCAAUAUAAAAUGUGUACAGUAUUUUUGUGAAGUGUGAUAUUGCAUCUGAACUCUUCAUGUCUGAAGUGUACGUUAGUGAGCUGCAGUGUGGUGCAAUGUGUGAGGCUCAUGAGGACUUUUUCUGGAACCAAAAAUAAAACACAACACAAUCACACACACACACACACACACACACCACUAUCUUUCAUUUCAAUGGCUACAUGGAAUCAAAUUUCAACCUGAUUGAAUGAGAUGGACAAUCCUUUUAAUAACCUUUUAAACAGAAGAAUAAAAGCCACGUAAACCUUUGUGUCGGAUUACAUUCGCUCUCGGAAUCGGAGUGUGUCUGUAUUCAUGUUACGCUUUUUUAUUUGAUUUAACAUAAUUGUAAGAUGCGGUGGGUGUCAAAUUAACAUUCUGCGGCAGAUACAAAGUCACAAAUUGACCUCAGGAACGUUUACUGUUUGCAAAGAUGCAGAAAAUUCAGUUAAAAGAAGAUGAAUAAAUCUUUAUUUCUUAUCCCGUUAUCCCUAAACAAUAACUUUCAAUAUUACUAACAUUAGAAGAUGAGUAUAUCUGCUGUACUGAUGGAUAAUGUGUAGGUUUUUGUUGUUUUGUCAUGCAGAUAUGAAAUGUUGCGUGAGUUUGUUGCAGUUACAAACUCGUCUUCUUGCUGGAUGACGUUUUACUGAGAUGGAAAUAAUUUAAAAACACAAAAUUAAAAAUGACUGAAUGCACCGAUCAGACUCACAGGCUCACAGAUGAAACGUUAACGUUGACAUUUGGAUCGGAUUACGUGUAAUGUGCGUAUAAACAGACGUACCAGUUUUGGAUACUUAUGAACAGUUAAUCAGGAAUCUGCUACAGGAAUAAAUUCAUUCAUAUUGGUGAAAAUCUUCACAUGUAUAAAUUAGCCAAUGAGAACAAGGUGUGUGUAACGUUACACUCCGUCAUCCAUUAGGAAAUGUUCACGAACCUUUUGACAGUACAGUUUGUUUUUAUUUUAAGCUUUAGCACUUUAGCCUUAACACCACACACUGAGUGUAUCACAUUAUAACACAAAUUACAUCCGUUUCACCUAAAAUCCACUCUAUCUCUGACGAACAUGCUAACAAUUCAGUGUGAAUGCAGCCGUGUGUGUCUGUUAGCUUUCACAGCAGUGACGAUCAGGGAAAGCAUUUCUGUUUCUCAGCACCACAUGCUUUUUAUUUUCCCUACAAAUUUCAUACCAUAUCACCAAUCUGGGAGUGCUCGCGAACCUGCCUACUGCUCUACACGCUAUACUACACACGAUACUAGUUAGCCUAAUGUUUGCUAGCUUGCUAACAAACCUGACUAGUGGUUUCCGGUUACACAUUAUAACAGUUAGCCUACAGUUAACUAUUAACUUCCUAGCAUCCUCAGAUUGUUCAGUUCAAACCUGAAAGUUCAAAUCGGUUUGUUUGAAAGAAUAG